AUGGGAAUCAAAGACACGUCCGCGACCACCUCCCAGCCACACAUCUGCAUCAUCGGCUCAUUGAACAUCGACUUCGUCACAUCCACACCCCGAUGCCCCGGCCCCGGCGAAACUCUCACAGCAACCUCAUUGUCCGUGACAGCCGGCGGUAAGGGUGGAAACCAGGCAACCGCCUGCGGCCGAGCCUCAUUCACUUCCAAGACAAGCCAAGAUGUUGCAGUUAGCAUGAUUGGAGCAGUCGGCGCCGACGAUGUCUACUACUCGACGCUCCUCAAGCCAGGUCUCGAACAGUCGGGAGUCACCACAGCAACCAUCGAAGAAUCAACCGAGGCACAGACCGGCUCGGCCAGUAUUAUCGUCGAAGAAGAUAUCGGGGGAGAGAACCGUAUCCUGGUCGUUCCUGGUGCCAACCACGCUGGAAUGAUGAGCGACGUGGCGCAGAUCAUAACCGCCGUCAAGGAGCAGAGUGUCCGCCCCGGACUUAUCGUUUUGCAGGGAGAGAUCCCGCGCAAGACGACCCUUGGUCUAUUGGAAUAUUUCAACGGUGGCGACGUCUCGACGACAGAUCGAUCGCACAUUGUCUUCAACCCUGCACCCGUUUUCCCCGAGGGAAUCUCACUCGCGGCGCUCAAGCAUACCUCCGUCCUGAUCAUGAAUGAAACAGAGGCUGUGCAGAUGUCGAGAUCAAUUGCCGGUCUUCCGGUUUCUGACCUGACUCAGCCCACUGAGCUGGAUUGCCUGCAGCCCGAAGAGCUUGCGCCGAGAUUUCACGAGCUGGCCCACGUCCCGAUUGUGCUUAUCACACUUGGAGCCAAGGGCGUUUACUUCUCAACCCGGACCGGUCGACGAGGCGUUGUGCGGGGCGUGAAGGUCGUAAAGGUGGUUGAUACGACCGCUGCGGGCGAUACAUUUGUCGGAUACUUUUCGACAGCGCUUGCGCGAUUCCUCGCCCAGAAUACCUCUUUGGUAGCAUUCGACGAUGAGAUUGAGGCUGCGGUCUCGAAGGCAAAUGCGGCGGCGGCCAAAUGCGUGCAGCGCCGCGGUGCAAUGCAGAGUAUUCCCUUUGCUUAUGACAUGGAGUAG